AUGUCUGCUACAUUUAUUGAAUCUACACAUGGCAAAAUACAUUUAUGUUACCUCGGUUAUCGAUAUUAUGGGAAACGUAAAAACCAAAAUGGUUCCGAGUAUUGGAUAUGUGUGAAAUGUAAUGCAACAGCAACAAGUUUUGCAGAUUUGUCAGUCAUAGUACGUGAUGAACAUACACAUUUACCUGAUGGAACAGAUAAAGAAGUACUGGAAAUGCGAAAAAAUUUAAAACGUAAAAUUAUUGAAGAAUCUGGUCCAAUAGGUCGUAUAGUCGAAGAAGCAUAUCAUGCGAUUCAUGCUCAACCACAAUCCAUUGAUUUCAUUAUUAAUUUACCCACGAUUCAUACAAUAAAAAGGCUAAUUGGAAUCCUUUUUUAUUUAAUCAACGGCAAAAAAAAUGAUGUAAAUAUUGUUUCUCAUGUUAUUCUAAAAUAUAAUUUAGGAACUUUUUUAAAAUGUGAAUCAGAUGGAGCAACUUCAAUUGAUCUUGUAAGAUUAAAUCAACAUUGGCAAAUGUGGGAUCGUUUAUAUGAAUUUGGGCAUCAUAAAACAUUAAAUGAAAAUUAUGAAGAAUCUUCUUCAAAACAACAGAAAGAUAAAAUUAAUGAAUAUUGUUUGGAUGGAUUUAGAAUUUCCAUCUUUUCAUCAAGGACAAAUUUUCGAAUGUGUUGUUAUUAUUAUUGA